CAGAACACAACAGUUUGGGUGAGUGGAACGUCUGACGACCAAAGAUGGAGAUGGAGGGAAACGAAGAAGAGAGCGUCACCCUAUUCGAGCAGGUUCGCGUCAAUGGGAAGCUGACGCCGGUGUCGCUCUCUAGCGACGGAAAGCUUCGGUGGACGGAGCACAGAAAGCGCUGCUUAAACCUGGAUAAGGAGGUUUUGGGUUUCACGCAGGAAGGUUCUAAGAUCACGAUUCGGGCUUUCGUCGAGAAUUGGUUUGAGCUUCACUGCGUUGUGUGUGAUGAGGCUCGAGGUGGAGGGAGGAGGGAUAUCGUGUUGGAACCUUUGACGGAGGAGUCACAACGGCUUUGGUGCCAGAAGCUUCAGGAAUACAUUGACUCUCUCGAUCGACCAAAGAGGUUGUUCAUCAUUGUGAACCCUUUUGGUGGGAAGAGAUCUGCCACGAAAAUUUUCCACGAUGAAGUAAAACCCUUUCUAGUUGCUGCUAAUAUUGAAUAUUCAGUAGAAGAAAGUCAAUAUCAGCUUCAUGCAAAAGAAAUGGCUCAGACGUUGGAUCUCUCUAAGUAUGAUGGGAUCGUAUGUGUGAGUGGAGAUGGUAUCUUAGUUGAGGUAGUAAAUGGGUUGCUUCAGCGAGCAGAUUGGGAAGUUGCAAGAAAAAUGCCCCUUGGGAUGAUUCCAGCUGGUACAGGAAAUGGUAUGGCAAAAUCACUUCUGGAUUCAGUUGGUGAUCCUUGUUCAGUGACUAAUGCUGUUCUUACAGUUAUUCGAGGUCACAGGGUUUCACUUGAUGUUGCUACAAUCUUGCAAGGGGAGACCAAAUUUUUCAGUGUCCUUAUGCUUGCAUGGGGUCUGGUGGCAGAUAUUGAUAUAGAGUCUGAGCAAUACAGAUGGAUGGGGAGUUCUCGUCUAGACUUCUAUGUAUGUCUACAACAUCAUGUUUAUGUUUGAUAAGCAUUUAAUUUU